GAGGAUCCGGCCCUCGGCUGCAGCGCGAGCCAUGGUGGGUGGCGAGGCGGCUGCAGCGGUGGAGGAGCUGGUUUCCGGGGUGCGGCAAGCGGCCGACUUCGCCGAGCAGUUCCGCUCCUACUCUGAGAGCGAGAAGCAAUGGAAGGCCCGCAUGGAAUUCAUCUUGCGCCACCUGCCUGAUUACCGCGACCCGCCCGACGGCGGCGGCCGCCUGGACCAGCUGCUGUCCCUCUCCAUGGUCUGGGCCAACCAUCUUUUCCUGGGCUGCAGUUACAAUAAAGACCUUCUAGACAAGGUGAUGGAAAUGGCUGAUGGUAUUGAAGUGGAAGACCUGCCACAGUUUACUACCAGAAGUGAAUUAAUGAAAAAGCAUCAAAGCUAAGGAGAAGAUGUAUCACAUUUUCAUCAUGGGCCACAGGCUUAGAGAGGAGGCUGGAAUGAAUGUGACAGUGACCACAGCAGCUCUAGACUCCUGGUAGAGGCAG